UUCACCACCGCAGCAGCAGCACCAGCAGCGGGACCAGCGAGCAACCAUGUGGAAGGCAUUGAUCUCCUCCGUCCUCUUCUUCGCCGUCAUGGCAAAUGCCGGUAAUCUCCCUGGUGGAUACGGUGGCGCAGCCUUCGGCGGCCUCGGAGCAGUCGGCGUCGGGUUCGGAGGCGGCUACGCCGGACGUGGCUACCUCGCUGGCGGCGGUGGCGGUUACUAUGGCGGAGGUUACAGAGCCUACGAAGACAACAGGCCGAAGCCGUACAGUUUCGGCUACGUCGCUCAGGCGGUAGGCGGUUCCAGCUCUCGCCAGGAGGUAGGCGAUGGCAACGGUGCUGUCCAGGGAGUGUACACCAUCACCACGGCGGAAGGCGGCCAGCGCAAGGUCAAGUACACGGCCGACGCUGCAGGCUUCCGCGCCGUGGUCGACACCAACGAGCCCGGCACGCAGAGCGAGAGCCCCGCCGACGUCGCCCUGAGGUCGUCCUCCCCGCCGGCCUACCUGCUCGCCGCCAAGUACGGCCCGAGUGGUUCGUCGAACGCCGGCGUCAGGCCGCGAGCUGUGUACGGCGGAGCCGGAGCCCUGUACGGAGGGGGCGCUGCGGGAUACGGUGCCGCUGGUCUUUACGGAGGUCUCGGAGGCCGAGGCGUCGGAGUGUACGCCGGUGGAGCCGGCGGCGGGCUGCUCGGAAAGCACGGCGGCUGGCACUAG